AUGUUGAACGGUCAAAUGGGCAUUGAAUGCGCUUUCGGUCUUUUGUGGAAAGUGAAGAAAUUAAAGAUAAUGCUUGAAAUGCCAACUAUCGGUUUAAAGGAGCCUGUGGAGACCGGAUUCACGUGCCUUCCACCCGAUCAGCCAGUUGAUCUCAUUAAUGUUGCAUUCCAACACCUCCAAAGGGGAAAUCGACGUUCAAAACGACGAGGAGGUUGCGAUGCUGACACCGCUUCUCAGCAGAAAUACGCUUCACCAGACAGUGCUCCAGAUAGACAGACUGCAUUGAGCAGUUUUGAGGAACUGCGGCAGUUAAAUCCAAACCGACAUUGGCACCUGGUCUUGGCUGAUGUCUCUGUUGAGGAGCUCAAGACGGUUCGGAGAGAGCGAGUACGGAACUUGCUAAAACCUUCACCUGAGACCACGCUAAACGAUAGCCUUUCGCUUGCCCUUUGGUUUGCAGCUCGUGGAUGUGGGCGUCUUAUUUGUAAUCAAAAUUGCCUCUCUGACUCCCAGUGUUCCACCUACAGAUCUCCUGCGUGGGUACUUCUGACGGGCAUGGGUGCGGAUGAGCAGCUGGCGGGUUACACACGCCACAGAAAUACAUUCGUGCAAGUCUCCUUUCACAAUAUCCAACAGGGUUCUAAAGCAGUGGAAGCGGAACUGGCACUUGAAAUGCAACGCAUUUCGGAGAGGAAUUUGGGGCGAGAUGACAGGGUAAUUUCAGAUCAUGGUCGUGAGGCUCACUACCCCUUUCUUGACGAGAGAAUUGUUCAUUAUCUUGCGCUGCUUCCUCUUGAAAACAAAGCGGAUCUAACCCUGCACCGCGGCGAGGGUGAAAAACAGCUGCUACGUGCUGUUGCUACAUCCCUUGGCCUGUGGACUGCUGCUCGAUUACCAAAACGAGCGCUACAGUUUGGCUCGCGCGUUGCCAAGAGUGAAUCCCUCCACAAAGUUGUCGGCGCCGACUCAAACGUCCUAAAUGCGGAAUAA